CAGUUAUUAAUAGUCAUCAAACCCGAGGUAUGCAUAUUGAACCAAAACCAAAUGGUGUCACAACUGGUGCUGAAUUACAGGAUCAACUUUUUUUCCACCUCCUUUUCUUUUUUCUCUUUUCUUUCUUUCAAAUUGCAGUGUUAUCUGGCAACUCUGAUUAAAAAAGCACACCACCGAGGUUUCUGCCUCAAUCCUCUAAUCUCUUCUCUCCCCCUCUCAUGAGACACACAUUAUUAUUAUAACAUAAGAUAGUGAGAGAUUGUGUUGUGUCAUGUCAAAUGCCAAGUCUAGAUCUUCUUCUCUUCCUCUUGAGUUUCCCCCUUUCAGAAACUCAAGAAACAUGAAUAUGCAACCAUAAACUCCAUGUUUCUCAGACCUCACAAAUUUUCCAUACAAUACAAGCCACAAAACACAAACCUCCCUUAACCCAUUUUUCCAAAAACUUCAGAUCCUUUUGUGUUAAACAACCACAAGUCCCCGCAUCGAACAAAUAAAAACACACAAAAGGGUAUAUAAAGACAGAGAGGUUGAGUCUAAUUAUUUCUUGUGCCAAAAAAAAAUAAAAAUGAGAGACAUAGUUUCUUGCUUCAGCGAGAACGCAGUGAACGUGUCUCACUCUUCAAUGUCGUGUUCUUCCUAUUCAAACAACGCGUGCAUCUCUCCCUCCUCCUCCUCCUCCUCCAUUGUUGUUCCCUCCACCCAAAACUCAAUCUCCAGCGUCUACAAACUAGUCCUCUCCACGCUGAAGCAAAUUCUCAUCACGGUCACAUGGUGUAGGAGCAACUCCAACCAAGGACUCACCAUAACCUUCAACGACGGCGAUGACCCUCCACCACCACCCUUCAGACUCAACACCAAUUCACGUCUCUUCAGAAAGAAAAAAGGCUCCAAAAUCCUCGAAUCUUCAUCUUCUGACUCAUCAACCAAGGUAGAAAUCUUAUGGGAUCUCUCAAACGCCAAGUACGAAUCAGGACCCGAACCUGUUCAGGGCUUUCACGUUCUGAUCAUCAUCGACUCUGAAAUAGGCUUGGUUCUUGGCGACACUGCUGCUGCUGAAGAAACAGUUUCCAAGAGGCAAAAUUUCAAAAACAACAAAAACACCCCUUUGGCUAAGGUCUCACUGUUAUCACGAAGAGAGCAUUGUUCUGGGAACACGCUUUACACCACCAAGGCUCAGUUCUGUGACACUGGCACGUGGCACGAUGUUAUGAUCAGAUGCAGUGUGGAGAAGGAGAAUGAAGGGUUGUUGUUCAAGUCACCGGUUUUGUGCGUGUGCAUUGAUAAGAAGACUGUGAUUCGUGUGAAGAGGUUGCACUGGAAUUUUAGGGGGAACCAGACCAUUUUUGUUGAUGGGUUGCUUGUGGAUUUGCUUUGGGAUGUUCAUGAUUGGUUCUUCAACCCUUCUUCUUCUGGGUAUGCGGUGUUCAUGUUCAGGACUAGGAGUGGCAUGGAUAGCAGGUUGUGGUUGGAGGAAAAGAAUGCACACAAAGAUAAAGACAGGGUUGAAUUCUCCUUGUUGAUCUAUGCCUGUAAGACUUCAUAAGGGAAAACUUGUUCUUCUAAUUGCUUUUCUUUUUUGUCUC